CAUCGUUGAUUGUUGAAAAAGAGCAAUCAAGCAAUUUACCAUAAUUUUAAAAUGUCCUAUAUAAAUAAGGGAUCUGAAUUUCAGCAGGAAGAAGCAAUUCAAGCCGACCUUGAACCAAUAUCUUCGAGACUAGAAGAGGAGCUUGGCUCAACUAAGGCACCCAGAAAGGAAGAGAACCAAGAAGAAAAAGACAAAAAGGCAUAUUUGCGGUUUAAUGCUUUGGGAACUGCAAUGGGUUUUCUUAUUAAUGGUUACAUGUACGAUGUAAACAUUGUUCCUUUCACCUUGUACGCCGAUAUGUUCUCGAGUUUUGCACAUAGCGCUACUUUACAAGCAGCAUACAAUACAGCACUGGUCUAUGGAGUUAUGUUUGGUUUGAUCAUAUUUGGUUUCAUUGCUGACUUUUUUGGGAGAAAGAAGGGUCUCGUAAUGUGUUCUUGUCUAGUCAUAUUAGGGAACAUAAUUGGUACUGCAGCCAAUGGAAAAACUCAUGAAGGAAUGAUUUGGAUGCAAAUUAUUGGUCUUGGUGUUGCUGGACUUGGUAUGGGAGGAGAGUAUACUUGUAAUGUUCCAAACAUUACAGAAGAUAGUGACGAAGUUAAUGUGAAGAACAGAGGACGAAGAGUGUCAUUGUUGGUAAUCUUCAUGGAGACUAUUGGGAACUAUUUGCCUUUCAUCAUUCAGCUGAUCAUUGUUGCUGCUGCUUGUAGAGAUGCAUAUCUUGGAGCUGUCUCUGGUUGCAAGUGGCAGGUGGUAGUUCGAGUAACUUUUGGUGUGGCAAUGGUGCCAGCAUUCGUUGUACUUGCAUAUCGACUUCGAAUGAGUGAUUCGUUACUGUUUCAGCAAGAUAUGAGUAGGCGAAAGGGGAAAUACGACGUAUUGGAUUUCUUCGUCAUCUUUAAGCAUUUCUCGAUUCGGCUUGUAGGAACUUGCAUUUCGUGGUGGUUAUUUGACUGGAUAGCUUAUACUCGAGGAUAUUUUGGAAAUCUCAUACUUGAGGUUGUUAUUGGCGCAUCUCUUUUCAAGUCCAUUUGGAUCUCUCUUGCAGAAGGAGCUGUGUUUAUUUGGGCUCCUGCACUUGCUGCGUUUGUAGUGGACAGAUUAGGAAGGCGCAAAACAGAAUGCUUUGGAUGGACUUCACAAGCUGUUGGACAACUAAUAACGGCUGGCUUCUUCUACAUGUUGGCAAAAAAGCCGGUGGCAUAUAUUAUUUGGACGACAUUUGUUAGCUUUUUCAAUUACUUCAUAUAUUCUCCUAUUUACUUGUUACCUGCAGAAGUCUUUCCUACUAGAAUUCGAGCAACUCUCUAUGGUGUAUCUUCAGCUCUGGGAAAAAUGGGAGCAGUGGUAGGAACUACUGUCUUUCCUACUAUAUGGCUUUCCUUUGGUGAUGGAAAUGAGAAUAUGUCUGGCUUGAGGCGUAUUCAGUGGUUGUAUGCGGCAUUAAUGUUUUUAGGUGCCAUUAUUGCUUUGCUAUUUGUGGCUGAGUACAGUGGUCGUGGUCUUCGAGGUGAAGACGAAAGAUAUGAACAACUUCGAAAGCGCUAUGCUGCUAGAUUUGCAAAGUGGUGUGGAGUGACUGAAGAUAUCAGCCAAUCAGAGUGCAACCCAACUUUUAGAAAAGUCAUUUUAUGUAGGAUAAAGAGCGGCUCAUCUUCAGAUAAGUACCAGAUGUUACUGAAACAAUAUGCAUUUAUACUUUUGAAGCGAUGUGCGUUGGAUAUCAACGAUAUAGAAGAAUACUCUUCUUUACCUGCUCAUUAUGAUGAUUUGUGUCUGAUUAGCAAACUGUAUCGUAUUAUGAGAUAUGGCAAAACAGUAAGCUCCGAAAUCGAAAACAACUCUGAAAUGAUGGCUUCCUAUGAAUCUAAUCGAAUGGUGACUUCGACGACUUUGAAGAAUUCAUUUUCCUCAUAGUGGUUUAUUCUUCUUGACGAUUUAAGUAACUUGAACAUCUUUACAGAGUAUUAAAAUUCAUUCGUUCUGUAGUACUUUCACUGUUUCCUCUAAGAAAAAUGGUCAAAUUCCG